GGAGGAGGUGGUGGUGGUGGUGGUGGUUAGACUGGAGCUAAAGCGAGUCGCUCCGGAGGAAUGGACAGCAUUUAAAGCCGGAACGGUUUUCUGCAAAGCAGGUGGGACAUCAGUGAGUCAUGGAGGACGACGGCGGCUUCAUAGAGUUUGAUGUGCCAGAGUUCAGCAACACUGUCCUUAAGCAGCUCAAUGAGCUGCGGAUCCAGGGUAAGCUCUGUGAUAUAAUUGUGCACAUCCAGGGCCGACCAUUCCAGGCACACAAAGCUGUGCUGGCUGCCAGUUCACCAUACUUCCGUGACCACUCGUCUCUUGGCACCAUGAGUGGACUCUCCAUCUCUGUAAUCAAGAACCCGGCAGUGUUUGAGCAGCUGUUAACCUUUUGCUACACGGGACACAUGGAGCUGCAUCUGCGUGACGUUGUUAGCUUCCUCACAGCCGCCAGCUUCCUGCAAAUGCAGGCCGUCAUCGACAAGUGUACACAGAUCCUGGAGGGCCUCCACUCAAAGAUCACUCUGCCAGUGGUUUCUGGCCGAGCAGAAGCUGAAGAAGACCUUGAUUCUAGAGUUGUACACAAUGGUGCAAAAGAGGUGGGCAUUUUUUUGAAUCCUACCCAGAUUUCCCCACCCUAUUACCCUAGGAAAAGCCAUCAAGUGGAGGCAAGUGGAGGUGAAAAAGGGCUUGCGCACUUAACAGAGGAAGGGCAAUCAGAUCGAGGAAGCGAUUGCGCUUCAGAGCAGGAGGCAUCAAUGGAAGCAGAGCCUGAUCAAGUGGACUUGAUUGAGAAGAAUGGGCAAGUUGCCAACAUUCACAUCAAGCUGGAAAAAACAGAGCGGCCCAGCUACUCAGACAGCUCGUCAGCGGGCGAUGAUAGCUACCACACAGAAUUGGUGGAUGGUGAGCAAGUCCUAGCCGUGACUGUGGGACCUUAUGGUCCAGUGCCACCCCCUGCUCAGUACACCUAUUCGGGACUCCCUUCAUCCUGCUUUGUUGGAAUCAGUCAAUCCAGUCCCUCUCAGUCUAUUCUCAGCGGAUUUGGAGGUAGCCGCACCAGAUCUAAGCGGAAUAUGCCAGUCCCAGUACUUUCUCAGCUUAAGCCAGGCACAGAGGAUGGAGAGGGAAUAGCAUCAGGAGUUGUUUUUGAGAAUGACGUGAGGGAAAGAGGUCUCCGUGGACAUUGGUAUCCGUUCAACGAGCGCCUUGUAUGUGUCUACUGUGGCAAGUCCUUUAACCAGAAAGGCAGCCUGGACCGCCACAUGCGUUUGCACAUGGGCAUUACUCCAUUCGUCUGCAAGUACUGUGGCAAGAAGUACACGCGCAAAGACCAACUAGAGUAUCACAUCCGUGGCCACACAGACAAUAAACCCUUCCACUGCCAGAUUUGCGGCAAGUGCUUCCCAUUUCAGGGCACUCUCAACCAGCACUUGCGUAAGAAGCACAUGGGUUCCGGCAUCGAGAUGAAUAACCACACAGGCUCACAAGGGGAAGCAGCAGAUGGCCAGCGAGGGGCACCUAUGGAGGUCUCAGAGAAUGUCUUCAGUGAUGCCUAUAACGAUGAUGGGUCUACAAAAAAUAUGAGUGAGGAGAGUGUAAAGGGUAGUUCUGAAGAACCCCCUGGGUCCAGAUGUGAUUAUUAAGCAAUUGAGAUUGUAUUGGGUUUCAUUCUGUGAUGUGCAGCCUUUAAAAGUUGACCCUGUGUAGAGAAGUGGAUGUUGAACCUGCCUUGCACAUUUUGUACUUGGUUUUUUUUUUUGUUUUUUUUUUUGUUUUUUGUUUUUUGUUUUUUGUGAUCUGGUUUAAGAAUAGAACACAUUCUUAAUAAGCAAGUUUUUCAAAGGUGAGGGGAAUUGUAGUCAGGGAGAAGGACUGAGAGGGACAUCUCAAGAAUUCAGGCCUUUAAAGAGGUUUUUUUUUGUUGUUGUUUUGUUUGUUUAUAUAUAUAUAUAUAUAUAUAUAUAUAUAUAUAUAUAUAUAUAUAUAUCUUUCCAUGUUUUUAAGCAUAGAGUAAUAUAGGCAUGUUGCAAUAAUGAAUAAUGUGAAAGCUCAGUUAUGAUGCUUGUCAUAUCAUGCUUUUACCGGACCAUGUUUUUGCACAUUUGGCAUCAAGUAGGCCAAUAACUCGCAAGGAUUGGUUUUAGCUACCAGUGCAAAAGCUCUGUGACACAUUUGUUCAAUACCUCAUCAUACAAUGUAACAUACUCUCAGUAAGGCAGUAUUGUCAACGUUUGUUCAGCUCCAACCGGGUUUUACCUCAAUCCAGAACCUGAAAGGAAGUGAAGAAGCAUCUUGUAUUAAAAGGUUUCAGUUGCUUUACAUAGCAAUAUUGGCACAACACAUUUUCACUACAUAAAGGUACUACAGUGAACUGUUUGUUUCAGACUGUAUGAAAUCCAGACUGCUGUCAUUGGAUUGGUUAAAAAUGCUAUGUUUUUAAGAGAGGUGCUUUUUGGGUGGUUAGGGUUAAGUUAGGUUAUAGUCUACCUGCACUAUGCAGCAUUAAAGAUGGGGAAUUACACACCAGAUAUUAUGAAUUGUGUAGUUAUUUACACCUUGGAUCUACAACAGCAAAUAUAUGUAACAGCUGAUUCUAUUGGAAAAAAAAAACCCUCUAGAUUUUUAGAGAUUUUAAUACAAGAAAGUAUAUUAAUAAAUAAAUAAAUAUAUAAACCAGAAGAGCUGAUGUUGAUUUUAGUUUUUCUAUUGCAAUAUUCAUUUGCUGGUCUUUGGCUUUCCAACAACUUCUUGUGCUGGACCACAUUUUCCAGUAUAAAAAUCCUGACACCCAGAAAUAUAUCGGAGCAGCACAAGCCUAAUCUCAGUACUGAAAAUCAUGCCGAAAAUCCUCAACACUAAAGCGUUAAAUGCAUUUUAGUUUAGUGAAAGAUUGUCAGAGUGUCAGUACAUUAUUUAUUUUAAAGCAAAUAGAUUGGGUGUAGCUUUAGACAUUUCUGAUGAGCCAUAUCAACCAGUUUGGGGAUGAAUGUCUUUUGUUGCCUUUAAAGCUUCCUUUAAGAUUUAUUCUACAUAACGCAUACUCACUGGAGGAGAUGUCAAUUUGAAUUCUGUUGGUAUAGUCUAAACUAAUAUCUUUGUGAAGAAAUUUACACAAACCAUAAAAUUUGUUGAAAUUUCAAAGUUGACUAAGUUCAUGUUCCAAAGUUGACACUCCCUUCCUUAGCAAUUUGACAAAUGGGUUAUGAUACUAAUCUCAAGAAAACCAUAAUUGAACAUCCUGUUUCCACUGUCAAGGUGGCAAAAUCUACCGAAUUAUAGCCUAGAUACUCCAACAAUGCUGCACCAUUUUACUUCUACUUACAGUCAUUAGUUUUAUUAUUUAUGAUUGCAGUUUUUAGACAUGAAAAUAUUGUUUUAAGCUGGAAAUGUUUAAAAAUGUAAAGCUUGUAGAUACAGAAUUGAUUCUAGGAGUGUGUUUGGCUAACAGUGAGAGGAACACUGCUGCACCAUUAGCAAUAUAGUCUGACUCUAGAAAUAAUGUACAAAACCUAUUGUUGAGAAAAUUACAUGAAUCUGAUCUCUUCAGGUUAAAAUAUGAGUAGUUGUACAGUUCAAAGUUGGUUUACUUUUGCUUUGACGGUGUUCUUUAAAAAAAUCUACUGAAAUUAAAUUACUAGCUUUCCAAUUAAAGCUUGUGUAAUUGAUGCAUGUUGACUUUGAAGGCACCCAAGUUUUCAUCCCCAUGAAUGUAACUUUAUGUAGAGCAAACUUUACACUGCAUGACUAUAAGGUUUGCUUUCUUCACUGACCAACAUAGAUAACGGUGUUUGUUCUAAUCUCCAGUCUCAUUCUGCACAUAGUUCUUAUGUGUAAAAUGUGCAGACACACUUCCAUUAUAAGUCAGGUGAAAAAGUUUACCUGUGACAAUCGCUGGAAAUUUUUUCUAACAAUGUUUUGGAAAACAGUGACUCACAAUGCUCUGUUUGUACUCUUUGCUAUUUGUGUCAUGUUGUUAAUUCUGUCACUGUAAAAUUUAGUGCUUUUUGCUCUGUGAGACACUUGUGCAGAUUGCUUAACAGAUACCACUUAUGCUAGGCAUUUCCCAUUUGCUAUUGAAACCCCCUUAUUGAAGAUCAUAGCACUUAAUUUGAAGUAAUAUGUGUCUACAGUAUUGUAAAGUUGACUUUUUCCUCAUUUUACAGCAUCUUCUUCCCUAGACCAAAGCAGAUGGUUUUAUGGUUGAUUUAUAAAUGGUGCGCUUUUUUUUUGUCUUUACAUUAUUUUCUAAACACAGCUAGUUUAUUUAAAUCAGUUUGUCCUUGGAUGUUUUAUAUUGUGAUGAAACUGUCAAACCCUUUGUCUUAAAAAGUCUUUUCAUCUAAGGUGAGAUUUCGCACAAGAGAAAAGUAGCAGUGCUUCAUAGAAUCCUGUGGAGGUUCUGUUCUAGUUUAACUUUUAGUGAAAUAGAUUUUAUUUAGUUGUGUUGUUUUGUUUGUUUGUUUGUUUUUUGUUUUGUUUUUCUUUUCUCUUGUGGCAAAUCAGUCGAAAGACUUCAAAGCCUAUGUUUGCAAGCAGGUAUAAACGGAUGAUUGCUAGUUUCAUUUCUGUGUUGAGAAUGUGGCAGUAUGCAGUCAGCAGUGGUCCUCUGAUGGUCCCUUUCCAUUUUGGAAAUAAAGAGUAGCUGAUAUUCUGCACAGCAGCAGAUGAGCUACAGUCAAUUAUGUAUGUACCAUAAAAUAGGUGUACAUGUGCCUAGUGCCCACAGCCAUUGUUCUGGUGAAAAUGACAUGUUUUUGAUUGGUAAGAUCACACGUAGAAAAGAGAUUAGAUUAUGUCUACCUAAUAGUUAAUGCAAUAUUGGCCACUAACCAAAGAGCAAACCAAAAAAACAUGCGGUGUUGAUUAUAUACGCUGCAUAGUUGAGUGUUGAGAGCAAACCCAAAUCCCACAACCAAUGAGAAUCAUGAAACAGUUUUCCAGUUUUACCAGUGCUUGACUUCUUGCUAUGAUUUUGUUUUUUCUUUCUUUAACUGUAUAUGAACAAAAGAGAAAAUCUGCUAACUUGCAGUUAAGGUAAAUGUUAAGGUGACUUAAGCCAUAAAUAUGUGAUAGUAGUGCUGGAAUGACUGGAGGUUUUAAUUUCUUUGAAGAACAAAUGAUUUAAAAACCUCAGUUCUUACUGAAUAAUCUGUAUUAGGAUUGAAUCUGUGCCUUGCCACAAAACAUGCUAAUUUACCUUCUAUACCCCUUUUCUAAAAUCAUUUACAGGACAGAUACCUUGUGCACGAAUCAGUUAAUUUUGGUCAAUAUGUAUUUAUCAAGUAAUUGAUACUUAUGCUUAUUAACACCACUUGUCAGGGUUCUUGUUUUAUACAUGCAUAUAAUCUUUUACCUGUUGCUUUUAUGUUAUAAUAUGUGUUAAAGUUUUAUGGAGUUAAGCAGUUAAAUGCAGUAGCAGAGGUGUUGCAUUAAUAUAUGUAAUAUGCAGUUUUAACCGGAAGAGAUUGUAGCAGGUCAUAAAGGGACAAUCAGACAGCUUCAUACACGAGAAGCUACCUCUUGAAAUAAGUGAAUUAUACCUUCAACUAUUGAAUUUAACUUUUAAUUAGAUCUUGGCUGAAUGAAUCUUUUCAUUGUGCCAACCACUCUGCAGUUUAAUGUUGAAGUGCAUGCUAGACCACUUGUAGAUGUAGAAAUGUACUGCAUGAUGGUUACCACAUCUAUGACAAAAACCGAAAUAGAGAUGUUUUUUCUGUUUGUUUUAUUUUUGUUUUUAAUGUUAUUAUCUGGCAUGCACUUAAGAUAAAC